CGUGUGCAGGUGGCCGAAACUUUUUACUUGGCGUUACCAAAUACAAAAAUAAAACACCUUUACCUGCUUUGUAAGGGCGUAGUUAUGGGGACACGACGCUACGUUUCCCGUGUCUUCUGUCAGCAGGCGAGCGUACUGAAGAUAGUGAGCAGGGGGCAUGUCUUUGGAGGUGGGAGGAAGCCGGAGUACCCGGAGGGAACCCACGUAUUCACAGGGAGGACAUGCAAACUCCACACAGAAAGAUCCCGAGUCCGGGAUUGAGCCCAGGACUACUCAGGACCUUCGUAUUGUGAUGCAGACGCACUAACCACUCUGCCAAGAAUAUAACUGCUGCUGCAAAUCCUCAGACCAAUUUAGAUUUCCUAGAAGGGCAACCACACAAACGACAUCCAGGUAUCAGCCACCUCAAAACCCUGCGCCUGCCUGAGGAGAUGCAGACAGCCGCACGCUCAAUCAUUGACAGGGCUCAGGUGACUCAACUUCCCGACCGCACUCUCAAGCUGACAAACUUCCUGUGGAGCCGGAAGCGAGCUGUGGAGGACUUCACCCUGAGACAGAAAGCGCUCAGUCUUGAGAAAAAGCUAUGGAAAAAAGCAGUGGAGAAAGGAGAUAAUAUGGACAACCACGUAGUGUUGGAAGGCGUCCAGAGGGAGGUUUUUUCGGAGCUCAGACGAACAAUUUAUCACUGGACUCCCUUGAAGUAUAAUGAGGAGCUAGGAGUGGUUUAUAUGGCGUCCCGCAUGGCUGGAGGAUACGCUGCUGUCAGGAGGGCUCUUAAUGAGAUUAAGAAGCGGGAUCCUACCUUUGCUCCUCACUCUCUCCUGGAUUUUGGGUCUGGCUUGGGAACUGUGGCCUGGGCGUCCCACUUUUACUGGGCUGACACUUUGAAGGAGAUUGUGUGUGUGGACAGCUCAGGACCCAUGAACAUUUUGGCAGAGCGACUUCUUAAAGGUGAUGAGGAACACGCUCCUUCUCACAUUAAGCACGUCUACUUUAGGCAGUUCCUCCCGGUUUCCCCCAAGGUGCAGUUUGACCUGGUGACAUCCGCCUUCACCUUGUCGGAGAUUUCCAGCAUUAAGGAGCGAGAAGAGGCGGUGUUCACUCUAUGGAGAAAGACCUCGUCCUAUUUGUUGUUGGUGGAAAACGGUACCAAAGAAGGACAUCAGAUCCUCAUGGAGGCCAGAGACACUUUAUUACAGAAGAAAGAAGAGAGAGUUUACGACUCCAGACCAGCCUCAGUGUUUGCACCGUGUUCCCAUGAAAAGACAUGUCCCAAACUAGCACUCAUGCCUGCACUACCCUGCAACUUCCGCCAGAAGUACAUGCCGCUCAACGGGCACAACAGUCAAAUUGAGAAGUUCAGCUACCUGAUUCUGACACGGGCGCCCCCUCCUGAGGCGAAGAGCAACAUGUCGGUGGAGUGGUCCAGGCUAAUUGCGUCACCGCAGCCCAGGACAAGACACGUGCAUUGCCGCCUGUGCUGCCCCGACGGUCAGCUGAAGCACGUAGUAGUGACCCCAAGAAAACACGGCAGGGAUUUGUACCGCUGCGCCCGCAGCAGUGAGUGGGGCGACCAGCUUCCUCUUAUUCCGGAUGAAGAAGACAAUGACAUGAUCCAACCGGAUGUAGAAGACAAUGACAUGAUCCAAAAUGACAGCGAGUGAUGACACAGGACGCCUCACCACUAUUCAUGUAGGAACCAAUAAAUGUCCAUUUUCUAA